AUGUCGUUUUGGCCAUUCAACAACUCCCUCAACAGCAACAAUGCCUUGCUGAAGUUUCUCGAGUCGAUCCAUGAUCUUGCUUCGGUAACUGUGGAGGAGAUGAUGAAGGAUCCAAUCGUGAUGCAAGAGCUCUUGAACGAGCUUCAUAGUAUAAAAGGUCAGUUCAACGAUCGCACGGGCAGUAUCCAAUUUCUGCCGACGGGCGGAGAAAACAACUCGGAUUCGGGGUCUUUUACUUCGUCCAAUGACAAUAACAAUUCCAAUACAAAGGACUCCAAGGGAGUUAAGCUCAUAGAACUAUUGGUGCAGCCACACAUCUUACUGGGGCUCAUCCAUAUACUAGAAGACAGCGUUGAUUUUUUUUACAAGGAAAGCCAAAAGGAGGAGGAAAAAGUGUUGAGGACUCUCGAAGGAGAUAACCCUGCGGAUGACAUUGUUGAGAAUGACGAAAUUGACGAUGCAAAGACAGAAGUCGAGUCCUCAGAUGAAAAAACCCGAAGAUGCGUUCAGAGUGCCGCCGACAUUUUGUCGGUUGAUAUGUGGAUUAUCCUGAAUCGGGUGAUUGAAACUCCCGAUACCAUGAGCAAACUUUGGCUGAUUUUGAAACUACAGCAUUUGCACGAAAACAACCCCACCGUUGCAUACUUGGUGCACAUCUUGGACCAAUUGUUGGACCUGAACAGCAUAGAACUCCUCAAUUUUGUCAGGCGGCAAGAAGAUCUCGUGGAUACAUUUCUUUCCAAGAUCGAGGUGCCUGCCAUCAUGGACUUUUUCUUUAGAAUUAUACAAACAGAUAAACCCGAUUCCCCAACGGGGAUUAUAGAGACAAUCGGGCUGCAAGGAGUAAUCAAGAAACUCAUAGAAAUCUUGAAGCCCCAAACAGAGCAGUUUGACCAAACACCUUACAUUCCUGACCACAAACAGUAUUUUAGACAGAGCUCGGCAACGGAUUUUUUAAAGGCAUUGGUGACGAUUUCUUCCAAUGCGGCGUUGGCAGUCGUUAUGGAGACCAACAUUGGACCAAACCAGUUGACUCGGGAACUUGUGACGCCCGAGAUUGUAAACACGAUGAUCCACGACAUUAUGUUAAAGAAAGUCACCGGUAAAGAUGGCAAGACUCAAACAAACAAGCACGGGAUCAACAACUGCGUCAGUAUUGUGAUUGAGCUCAUUCGAAAGAACAAUUCCGACUAUGACCUCAAUUGUGGGUCCUAUAGUUCAAUGCUACAAAAUGGCGACAGGAGCCCGGGUGAAGUCAACUCAUAUGUGAUGUUUCAGUGGCUCAAGGACUUUGACCAGAACCCACCGAGCCAAAGAGAUCCGAUCUAUUUAGGUGACAUGUUGGAGAUUUUCUCCGAUAAUCUUAAAAACUUCCAAGAGUUACUCGAGAUUACUCCCAUACCACCUCCAGAAGUAACGAGGGAGGUUUUGGGUUUCACUAGAUUCAAGAUAUCCGAGCUCGUGGCGGAGUUGCUUCAUUGUUCCAACAUGAUUCUCCUCAACUCGAAAAAGAUUAAGCAGAUUGUCAGCAUUCGCAACCAGAUUCGCGCGCAGCAGAGUAAGCGGUUGUGCAAGGCGUUGAACGAUAAGAUUGAUUUUCGAGAAACGCCAACAAUCCACGACGUGACUUCGGGAUUAGACGAUGUUUCAUUAGACCAUGUCCACUUUGACUCCACCAUGAAUCAUAGUCAUCAUCAUCAUCAUAACAGUCAUAAUUCUCACCAUCAGGAUCAUGAUGAGGAGGAUGACGCUGAUGCAGACGCAGACGCUAAAACUAAUACUAAUGCUGGUGCAGGUGCAGAUGCUGACAAGAAAGAGCAAGAAUUUGCCCAUCUACUUGAAAAUUUGGACUCCAAUGAAGAUUUCGAAGACGAAGAGCCUUCCAUAUCGCCCGAAAACCCCUUUGUUUGUGCCGAGAGAAAUGCCGCGAUACGGCUGAAUCCAUGCAUUGGAGAUUUGUUCAAGAUUAAACUAGUUGACCUGAACAUUUUGCUCAACAUUGUUAGCAAGUUCACCAAGUACGAGUGGAACAAUUUUUUCCACAAUGUCGUGUUUGACUUGGUCCAACAGAUUUUCAGCGGCAAGCUCAACUCGUACAAUUCCUUUUUGAUUGUUGAACUUUUCAAAAGGGAAAAAUGCGACUUGACGGGCUUGAUUGUGAAAUCUUAUGAAACCGAGACCUAUCCUCGGCCUGGCUAUAUGGGACACUUGAUCUUGAUUGGAGAGGAAAUUGUCAAGUUCACCUCGUUGUACAAGCCGGACUUGAUCUCUCCAACUAUCGUGGAAGCAGUGCUGAACGACAAGUGGAACUGGUUUGUAAAUGACGUCUUGUCCAAGACUCGGGAAAUCUACAAUGUUGUCUUGGGAGCCGACGACGGAGAUGAGAACUACUACGGAUUCGAUUCCUCCUCCGUUGGGUAUCUUGAUAUGGAGCAGCCCAAGAAGAUCAUCUUGGGCGAUGCUUCCAACCAUGACGAGUUUGUUCAUGACAAGCCCAAGGAGGAUGAGGACGAGGACAUGGACGGCCCAAAAGUCUCCGACGUUGAAGUUGGCAGGAUGACGCCGGAUGGAGACCUCAGCAAGCACAAGAUGUUGGAGGACGAUGACGAUGAAGAUGUGGACCAGAAUGAAGACGCCAUAAAAUACCAUGACGAUUUAUCAGGAAGUUCAUCGGACGAAGAAGACGAGGAUGAUAGUAAUGAGUUACGCAGAGUUUCAAAGCAUACAGAAUAG